UGUUCGCUCUUAUGUUAUAUUUUAUAUAAGGCAAUGAAACUAACAACGGCGUAGUCAAAUGAAACGGUAUAAGCUCACAGUAUAAAGAAGACUAGUAUUCGUAGUACGCCGCCGAUGUUUCCCAGCAUUCUGUCGAAAUUGCAGAUUAACUUGGAAAAUGUCGUUCAACGGUAGACUAGUAGGAAAGGCUGCGCUUGUAACAGGAGGAGGGAGCGGUAUCGGACGCUCCGUUUGCCAAAUCUUUGCACGAGAAGGGGCCAGUAUGGCUAUAGUAGACAUCAACGAAGAAGGUAUACAAGAAACUCUAUCAAAUCUUGCGACCGAUCAUUGUAACAUACAUUUCGCAAUCAAAGCUGACGUUAGUUCAUCGAAGGAAACGAAACAAAUUUUCCGUACAGCGGAAGAAAAAUUGGACAGAAAGAUUUCAAUCGUGGUGAAUUGUGCUGGGAUAACGAGAAAGGUUUCAUUUGAUGAAAUGUCUGAAAGUCAAUUCGAUGAUGUCAUUAACGUUAACCUGAAAGGUACGUUCCUGGUGUCACAAGAAUUUGUUGCGUCUUUGAAAAAUUCCAACGAAGGAACCACCGGUGGAUCUUUGAUAAAUAUAUCGAGUUUGGCCGGAAUUCGUGGAUAUCAUAAUCAUUCAAGUUACUCUGCUUCGAAAUUUGGGGUGAUCGGUUUGACUAAAACGAUUGCACUGGAGUACGCUCGCCACAGAGUGCGCAGUAACGCAGUUUUGCCGGGAUGGACAGAGACUCCUUUAGUGGCAAAGAAUGUGAAAAAGAGCGAUCUGGAAUCGAUUGCGCAGGAAAUACCGAUGGGACGAACAGGAAAACCAGUUGAAAUAGCAAACGCUUGCUUGUUCCUUGCUUCGGAUGAAAGCUCUUAUGUAAACGGAGCGUGUCUAGAAGUAUCCGGUGGAUAUCUCUGUUAAAUCAGGAGAUGGAGAUAAUUUCAGUGUUCAAUACCUCACUGUUAAUUUGACUCCUUUAAUAAAGUAAUAAAGU